AUGAAUUCUUUUCGAUUCGGUAUACAUAGACCUGUGUCUCUAACGGCAAUCCUUUAUUAUGCCGGUCUCUUAUGCCUAGCUUUCCUAUUGACGCCGUUAACGGCCGUCGACGACACACCGACGGCGUAUGAGGUCCUUAAAGACUAUGACUUCCCGGUAGGCCUUCUCCCAAAAGGGGUCCUCGGUUACGAUUUGGAUAAAACCACCGGCAAGUUCUCUGUGAAUUUGAAUGGCACUUGUAGUUUUUCUCUGGAGGGUUCAUACCAACUAAAAUACAGGUCCACCAUUAACGGUUAUAUCUCCCAAGGCAAGCUCACGAAGUUACAGGGUAUAAGUGUGAAGGUCUUCUUCUUUUGGGUUAACAUCGUCGAGGUUACUCGGUACGGCGACGAGCUAGAAUUUUCCGUCGGCAUUGCUUCUGCUAGUUUCCCUGUUGAUAACUUUGAGGAGUGCCUGCAGUGUGGGUGUGGCAUGGAUUGCGUCAAUGCCCAAGUAAAGAGUAUUAGAACCAACCCUUUUGCCAUUUCUUCUUCUUGGGGAAAUAAUUUGUCUUAA